CUGUUUGCACUCCAUUCCAGUAGGUGGCGGGAAAAGCUCCAUGUAAGGUGGCGUGACAGCAGUUAAUGAAUCCAAAGAAGUAGAAGAAGUUAAACGUGUAUGCUGAGCUGGCUGAUGUGAAACCUCUAUUUCGUGAAUUUGGUAGAUAACAGCAGUGCAGUAGGAUGGAGAAUGACAUUCUAGUCUCUCUGGAAGACUUAGGAUACCAAGGCCCUCUUUUGGAGGAAGGAGCUCUGGAAUCAGCUGUGAGCAGAGGAGCAGCUUUGCCUGAGUUUACCAAGCUCUGUGCUUGGAUCGUGUCAGAGCUUAAACUCUACUGCAAGCUGGAGGAAAAUGUCCAUGCGACCAACUGCCCAAGUGAGGCAGAGGGCUUCCAGCUGGAGAUGAGCGGGCUGCUGUCAGAGCUCACCUGUCCAUACCCUGUUCUCACCACUGGAGACAUUACCCAGAGGUUCCUGAACAGUACAGACUGCCUGCUGCUUAUAACCUUUCUAGUUUCUGAGUUGGAGGCGUCAAGGAUGAUCCUGGUUAACAAGCCUCAGAAGAAAGCCCAGGAGUCCAGCAGUCCUGUGUUCCAGGAACUUAAGGGUAUCUGCAUGGCACUGGGCAUGUCCAAGCCUCCAGCCAACAUCACCAUGUUCCAGUUCUUCAGUGGAAUUGAGAAGAAGCUGAAAGAAGCCCUCAGCCGAGUUCCACCAAAUCAUGUUGGAGAGUCAUUGUUAAAGAGGGCCCUUGGACCUGUGCACCUGGAAAAAAUUGAAGCUAUAAACCAAGCAUUAGUAAACGAGUAUGAAGUGAGAAGGAAGAUGUUAUUGAAACGUCUCGACGUGACAGUGCAGUCUUUUGGUUGGUCUGAUAGAGCAAAGACACAUGCUGAUAAGUUAAGUAAAGUUUACCCUCCACUGCGUUCUGCUCUUGGCACCAAAAGUAAAGUCUCUGUUGCUCAUCUUCUUGCUGCUCGACAAGACUUCUCAAAGAUCCUCCGCACAAGCAGUGGCAAGAUAAGAGAGAAGACAGCCUGUGCCAUCAACAAGGUUCUGAUGGGCCGAGUGCCAGACAGGGGAGGCCGGCCAUGUGAGAUCGAGCCCCCACCUCCAGAGAUGCCCACCUGGCAGAAGCGUCAGGAUGCUCCCCAAGGUGGAGGACACUAUGGUGGCGGUGGGCACGGAGGUGGCAGAGGGGGAUACGAUCACAACUCUCAAGGUGGCCGCGGAAGCUAUGCAGGUGGGGGAGGAGGACAUGGAGAGAGAGGAGGUAGAGGAGGAGGUGGCAGAGGGGGGAAGGUACAGGGAGGCUGGGAAGGUGGAGGUGGAGGAGGGAGAAGCAGUUACAACCAGAGCUACUAUCAGGAUGCUGGAGGUCAUCAGGGGGUAGGAGGAAGAGGAGGUUAUGGAGGAAAUCACCAAGGGGGCUUCCAGGAUCCCGGGUACCAUGGAGGAGGCGGCAGUGGUGGCUACCACGAAGGUCAUCACCAAGACAGAGGUGGGGGCCGAGGAGGUCGGGGGGGGAGAGGAAGAGGAGGCAGAGGAGGAGGAGGAGGACAAGGAGGUGGCUGGGGAGGGAGAGGGGGGCAGAAUUUUAACCAAGGAGGACAGUUUGAACAGUUCUUCCAACAUGGUGGGCAACAUUACAGCCAGGCUGGCUUUAAUCAAGGCAGACAUUAUACUAGUUGAAGACAGUGCGGGGCGUCACAGCAGAGUCCACGUCGACUGCUUGUCAUUCAUGAACUCAUCUAAAAUGCCUUAUCACCUGAACUUAAGUUGUCAACACAGUUACAAGUUGGCAAGUUAUAAAAGUAUACAAAUAAUAUCCAUUCACCAUAGACUGUUAGUCAUUCUACAGGGCAGUUCUAAUGUAGACUUUUGAAUUUUCAUCUAUGUCAGAUAGCUCUGCUGUAAGUGGUUAGUCGAUAAGUUGGACUCUGCUUAAUUACCCUUCUUGUGGACAUUCUUUUUGAAAACAAAAGGUCCCCAACAUCUCAGUGUUUGCACACUUCCAAUGUACCUGAAAUUAGACAUGCACACCGAUAUUACAGGAUUAGUGAAAUUCUUAUAGUUUCAAUGAAUGAGAAUUACUUGAAUUAAAAAAUAAAAGCAAUUUUCCAGUCACUUAAUUUUGUUUUAGUUCAUCUGACUGGAGGUUCCUUUGUUACUUAUUUAAAAAAAAAAAAACACCAUCUUGUACUGCUCAUGGAAGCUUGUGUGCAUACAGGUAUGGAUGUGAAAGGUUUGCAUGGAUGUGUGAAUGAGCAAUAAAAUCUGAAAUGAGAA